CAUUCAUAACUACGUUGAGCUUUAGGAGGAAAAUUAAAGGCACCCAGUGAAGAGCCGCAUGAAUCCCAACUAGGAAGCGCACACUCUCGCCAGGACCAUGAGCGAUGAGCCGCCUCUGCUGACUACUCUCACGGAGAACGCCACUGAUGUGCCAGUGGCAUCAGCCAGGCCGGAUAAUUAUGUGCUGCUGUUGGUGAUGCUGUGCGUUUUUGCUGGAGGAACGCUGGUUCUGCUUUCUGUUCUCCUCAUCUUCUGCCAUCGCUGCUGUCAAAGUGGCCGCCGCUACUCGAGGGCCAGCGAUGACUUGGAGAAAACCAACACCACAUAUGUGGAAGAGAGUCAACCUACUCAAGACAUCACCAUUAGGAUGGAAAGCACAGACACGCUGUCCACCUCCAGCUGUCACGGCGAUGAGAACACAGAGCGUUUCCAGCCCUCAGUGUACACAGGCCGGCGGGUCUCCUUCAAUGAGACGGCCAUCUACGAGCAGAGCAAGAACCACCAGGAGAAAGGCCGAAGGUAUACUCUUACAGAAGGUGAUUUCCACCACUUGAAGAAAGCUCGUCUGACCCACUUACACAUUUCACCUCCAGCAAUGAACAUCCUGACCAUCAUGGAGUGUGACUCACCUGAGAACAGCAUCAGCUUGCGAGAACAGUUGCAACACAAACCGUCUCUGUCUAUAUUUCAGCUUGGUGAGGGCACCCUACCUGAAUCUCAAGUGCCCUGGAGGAGCCAGAGCCCAAGUGGUGCACUGCCUGGAGAUGCACUAAACUCUGUUCUGGACACCAGCUUUAUUUCCAGCACAAGUGAAGGAAGCUCUGAACCACCUCGAUCAAGGACAAUUGAGGCAAUGGGAAGUGCUGGUUUAAAGAUGGAGGAUGACCCUGGAUCCUCCCAAGUGAUAGGAGCAUAUGGAACAUCUGGAGAAGGAGGCGGCAGCUCAUCUUCAGGGCAGGGCUCAAUGCUGCACUUCCUAUCCCGACUCAGGCGGCAUGCAAGUCUGGAGGGAGCCAGUCCCUAUUUCACCAUCAAAAAGUGGAAGCUGGACAGCAGUAACAGAGCAGCCAGUCUGGACAUGAGAGGUUCUCCAAGGAGGCGAGCAUUUCAAAGACAGAGAGCAGCAAGUGAAACUCUUGAACCAGGAGAGGAUGACAUCCAGCAGCCAGGACUAGGUGGAGGAAGUGAUUUUUUGUUGCACGCCAAACCCCCUCAGCCACAAGCUGAUCCCCCAAGACGACUCUCUGCUGGUUCUUUGGAGUCGUCAACUACAGGCUGUCCACCCCCACCAGCCCAACUCAGGAGGUUAGAGGUAAAGGCUGUAUUGGAAGCAAGUCCAAGGGCUGAAGACAGCAGGACUCAAACAGCACACAAGUUACUAGAACCCAUCAGGCCUCAAGGGGAAGAAGUGGAAGAGAAUGGAGAUAAUAAUGAAAUACUAGGAGCAACAGGAGGUGAAGAGCCUAGUGCUGAAGGAGCCUCCGAAUUUGAUUUGGUAAACAGACACGAAAGCCUGGAGCAGCCCAACAUGUACCGGGACAUCUGGAGCCUACGAGCAUCACUAGAACAGUAUGCUUCCUCUGACCUGAGCAGCAAUGACCGAGAUUCCACACGUAGUGAUGCUGACAGUGUCUGUUCACUAGGGGGGCUUGGUGCCUCCAGAACAGGUAUGCAUAGUUACCAAUCACAAGACAUAGAUGAUGAGAUCGAUGGGGAUGGUGAGCUUCCGUAUGAUGAUAUGGCCAGGGAGGUUAGUGGCAGAAGGAAUGGCAGGGACAGUGUGGACUCCGAGAGAGGUAGCGACAGUGAAGCUGGAAGCAGGAAGCUUCUGCAAAUGGACAGUGGAUAUGCUUCCAUUGAGGCUCCUUGCAAAGCACCAGAGGAACUUCGGCUGUUCGGAAGCACGUCUGGCAAGACAGCAUCAGAACGACGCCGGUUCUUUACAAACGCUGGCCGCAAGGGGACGGUGUGUGAAAGUUUUGAGACUAGGCUGUUCAAAGAAGAGUUGGAAGAUGAAGGUUCAGAAAGCAGCAUUAGCAUAGAGCCAGAGGGUCCCAGUACCAUAGCCCAGGGGGAGCCAUGCAGCUCACUCAGAGACGCACCAGAAAUACAGGCAGAAACCAAACCCAGGCCACGCUUUCGUCGCAGAGACUAUAGCAUUGAUGAGAAGACAGAGGCCCUAUUUAAUGAAUUCCUGCGCCAUGAUCCACAGUUUGACCAGCAGGGUUCACCUUCUCUGCGGCACAGACAUCGCUCACGAAUCCACCUGCGCAAGCAGUGGCAACGCACCAAGCAGUACAGCGACCCCGGAGCUGCUCGCUACUCACCAUCCCUGGAGAGACAGCGCAGUUAUGCACUGCGGAGGGGAGACAGUGCCAACUACCCACUCGAUACACGAUACCACAGCACCUUACCACGUAUUGCUAGUGCUGCAGAUGAGGAGGCCAGCGAGGGAGCAGCCAGUGAAGGCACUGAAUCACCCGAAGCACAGGGCUCUGGUCCAGCUCCUGAAGACAACUCCAACAACAGCAGCAACAACAGUAGUCCUGUGGUCAAGUACCAGGAGGAUCCUAACCUCUUGUUUUCCACACCCUCAAUGGACAGCACCAUGGCAGACUCCGGGAUACUGCAGGGUUGUGGGAGUGCGGGGCAUGCCACAGAGAUACACAGAUGGUUGGUCACAGACCCCAGUCCUGUAAAGACGGGUAACAGCCAGUGGAACACAAGCAUUCAAAUUCCAGAUAACAGGUAUCACAUGGAUAAGGACAAAGGCUAUGUGCACAGUAUAGUGGAUCCCAGUCCAUCUGAUAAACUGGUGAGCAGUCUAGAUGAACGACUAUACACCAGCCUGAGGAGGACUCAAGGCAAUCAGGAACGCAUGGUAACUGUGACCCGCACUUCCCCAGAUCUCAGCCAGGACUAAGAGCAUGAUGAACAGCAGCAUUCAAUGACUUGAGAAAUCAAGACACCUCAGAGUACAGGAGAGAUGAAUAAAAUGGUGAUCUUGAGGUGUUAAGGCAAUCCAUCACUACCACAACUUGAAAUCAUUUUCAGAUAAAUAAUGCAUGUCUGUUCCUUAAUAAUGCAGGGUUUAGUGGGUGGGGUGCAAUCUCAAAGUAGGGAAACAUCUGAAAAUGUAGUAAAAAUCCAUAUGCAGACAAUUACACUGAAAGGAUAGCUAGGUUCCCCCCCCAAACAGAUUGAUGUAAACACCAUUUGUAAAAUGCACUGUGAAAACUAGAUAAACUAGGGUGCUUUGUGAAACAUACAAUUACAGGGCAAUUCAGAGUAAUAACCCAAAGAGUCAAUUGCACUUUUAUUAAUUAGAAAUUAUGAGAAAAGGUCAGCUUUCUCCUCUCAAAGAAAAACAUUAGACUGAGUUACUUCUUCCAGAGGAAGUCAGCAGUUUCUUGAUAAAUUAUGAUCAAGUUACUCCCAAAUAUGGAUCUCUAAGUCCUAGCCCAUUUUGGAACUGCAACUUUAUUCCAUUUGACUCCAUUCUUUUCAAUCACAGCCUUCAUAUAAUGCUGAUUCACAAUCCUAUUUCCUCACGUGUGUGAAAUUAGAGCACUUCAUUCACAAAAUAUUUCCCAUCCAAGUAGUUGUUCAAAUUCUGAGCUCAAAAAUCAAAGUUAUGAGCCAGAUUUUUCAAACCAUUAGGCAUAUAACCCGAGCGCCUCACCAACUCUUGCUUCGUUUAUGCUAAAAGCUGCAUCACAUGGUACAACCCAUCAUGAGCUUGUGGUUGCGAGUUAAAAACUGGUGGUCCCAGAUCACUUAAUACGAUGUACCCAUCAGCCAGUUUGCAACCAAAAGACAGCUGAUUAACAAGUUCUAGCAGUGUGUCAGAAACUUUUGGACCAAUAGAAUCCAAUUGCUGCCAUGUUGUGUAUCUUAAGGUCACUUAUAGUUGAACGUUUUCACUUUAUCAAAUCGUAGGACCAUCAUGGGAGGACCAUCAUGGGAGGAUUGUAUAGAGUCUUGCAGAACAUGAACAUAUGACCAAGAUUUUAUUUGCAUCAGCUCAUACAGUGUGGGACAAGACCACUGUUAUUACACAAUGUAAACCAGCCUGAACACAGCAUGUCGUGCUUGUGAAGGGCAGCCUCAUAAGUAGUACAAACAUAAGGAGCAAGGAAAAUUAAAAACAGCACUUUUGAUUGAGGCAUGCUGACUAUUACUUCCUACUAUUAAUUAUUUUCAUCUCAUUUUUCAAGUAUCCUUGUUGGUAUUAUGUAAAGUUGACACUGGCAUCAACAUUGGGAGGUGGGUAAGUGGUGUCAGACAUCUUUCAAGUUUCUGGCUAAGAAGUGAUCUAGCCACUGUCUAUUUUAUACCUUAUUAUUUAUUGAUAAUUUUGCAGUCCUCAUUAUAAUAGUUAAAGGUCCUAUGUUCUAUAAAGAGAUCUAACAGAGCUAAGCAGAUGGGUAAAUGGCCCAGAUCUUUUAGAGUGUGUGAUAUUGAUUGUCCAGAUCAAAUCUCUCUCGCAUAAAAACAUCUUGAAAUUUAUUUUUGGAACGUUUGCACAAAACUAGAAAUAUGCAACAUCAGCUACAGAGAACUAAAUUACAGUAUUAAGUUCACCGAUGACCGAAUUUACAGAACCAACUUUAAUAAACUAUGAUGCCAUUCCAAACAUCAAAUUACUUUCCAAAUGGUUUAUAUGAUGGAAAUCAAGCUGAGGGUUAUUAGUUUUGAUAAGCAAACAUUGAAAAAAGAAUGGUAACCCAGCACCACUGGUCCAUUUUUCAUGAGAAAGGCUGUUGUAUAACAGAUUCACCAUGAGUGGAACACCUGAAGCUUCUGAAACAUGCUUGCUCGUUGCACAUUAGUCCUUGUGAACAUAAAGUGUCAAAUCGAUGACAACCCCAUCUCUCAAUUUCUUUCUUUUAGAGCUCUUUGUUCUCAUAUUACAUAUUGAUUAGCAGCAAAGAAAAGACAACCCUUAAACAGCAGUGAUGAGACGAGACAGAGAGAACCAUGUUUUAGCUGCCUGAGGUUAGAUGAUGCAGUGAUCGCAAUCUCAGAAACUUGCAUUAAGCGGACCAGAAGCAAAUCAUUCAGUAGUUCAUAAGAUGUAGGACAUAAAAUGCAUUAAAAAUAUAUAUCACACGACAG